AUGCAGCUUCAUCUGCUAUCUGCUCUUCAACUGCUUCUGCAUCCACAACAUUGCUCUGCUCACUUUGAGCAGGGGCAGGUCAAGAUAAAGCUGCUUACCGUCUUCAUGUUCGAGAGGGCAACAAGGAGAAGCACUAUUCCUGCAAUCCAAGUAUCCCAGCUUGUACGCAUUAGCAACGAUCUCAUGCUUGGAUGCCUCCGUGGCUUCAACGUGAGUGUCGAACUUGACCAGCAGAGCUAUCACCAACUUCUGGAUCGGCAGUUCGCAACUUAA